GAGGCCCGGGUGGGGGAAACUGCGGAGGCAGAAAUGUUGGCAAAGCGUCGGAAAUGCCCAUCCCAGAGGGAGGAUAUCUUGUGUAUUUAUGGCAUCUUUAAUCCUCUGAGUACAAAGCGGCCGCGGAGAGUCUCCCAUUGGAAACGGGGCCUACAGCUGGCUGUCCAGGGGAUCAUUUAAAGCCGGACACCACUGGCCCUGAUCGGGUGCAUCUUCAUCACCAGUUCCCCCCUCUCCAGCACCACUCUCCAACAUUAGUUCCGGGCAGCAAAAUCAAACCUCCCAAUUUAAUAACAAAGCGUUGCAGCGCUAGGACUGAUACGCGGCACCGUCGCUGUAUUUCCUUUCGUGUUGAAAACUCCUGCGGAGAAACCAAAUUCUGUCCAAAAGUAAAAAAACAAAAGCAGCUGAUGGAAGAGUCGGUGAGGCGCAGGCGCAGUUAAUGUUUCCGGGAGUAGGCGGAGCCGACAGGAGGGGGCGGGACCUGCCCCGAGGGUGGGCGGGGCUAUGCUGCCCGUUGCUGUUUCCGUUCUUACGCCGAAAAUUUGUGCGAGUAAGGUGGGGGCGGUGGACGCAGCUAGCGGUUGGUGUGAGGUGGCGGGCCCGGGUCUGGGUGGAGCCGCCUUCCAGCGGACAAGCUGCUCCGCUCUGUUGGGGCCGCUGCGCCCGGGAAUUUCCUGAUGUUACGCCGCUGUUGCACCCUGGGAAACUUCCGGGGCUCACGUGACCUCAGGCGGAAGUGAGGCAAUUGGGAAGCUUUGAGGAGUUCCCCCCCCCUCCCCCUCCCAAACUUUGCUGCUUUCUGGCUCCACCAGGGGCAAAUUCCCAAGCCCAUCUUUGGACAGUUUUUGCUCACUGAGACUUUGCACUUGACCAUCCCUCCUUUUGGUGCUGCAGUCUCAUAUCCCUCCCUCUCACCUUACAUCCUUACAUUGUGCAACCCAUUCCCACCAACCUCUAUCCUAGCCGGGCAUCCAGCAACUGGAGGGACGGCAUGGCAUUCCCCAUGGGCAUACCUCUCUAUACCAUCAUUGUGGAAGAUGAGGAAGAGGAGGAGCAGCAGCGUAUGGAGGCGAAGAGAAUAAGGCAGCAUGGAAAAAGACACCACCCAACGAGGUACUACCCUCCUCAGCGUAUAUACAGGCAGCGCAGGUCCUUUGAGGACCUCUCGGAGGAUCUCUGUGUUCGAAGGGUGCGAUUGUCCAAGGGUGCCAUUGCACAUCUGUGCGAGCUCCUUCGUGAAGAUCUUCAGCCGCACUCUACUGCCAGGACAGCCUUGUCCGUUGAAAUGAAAGUGACCACUGCCCUGAAUUUUUUCGGCACUGGAUCCUUUCAAGGUGCCACGGGGAACAUGUGCAAUAUCAGCCAAGGAGCGGUGAGGGCAGCCAUUCAACAGGUCACAGAUGUGCUCUUCAACAAGGCUCCAGGGUUCAUCAACUUUGGCAUCAUGCCUAGGCAGCAGCGGGAACGAGCAAAGGAGUUCUGUUACAUUGCAGGGUUCCCCAAGGUUCAGGGUGCCAUAGGUGGCACCCAUGUGGCACUGAAGGCACCAGCAGAACAACCACUUAUAUUUGUAAACAGGAAGGGGUUCCACUCGCUAAAUGUUCAGAUUGUCUGCGAUGCCCAUCAGAAGAUCCUGUAUGUAAAUGCCAAGCAUGCUGGCAGCUGUCACGACGCUGUCAUUGUACAGCACUCAACACUCCCUGACCUCUUCCAUGAGGAUAAUCAUGUCCAAGGGUGGCUCCUCGGAGACCAAGCAUAUGCAUUGCAAACGUGGCUCAUGCCACCACUGAGCCAACCAAAAACGCAGGCGGAGGAUGCAUACAACAAAGCUCAGGCAGCAACACGAGCCGUGGUGGAGAGGACCAUAAGACUGUUAAAAAGCAGGUUUCGCUGCCUGGACCGAUCCAGUGGAGCUCUGCAGUACACGCCGCAGAGGGUGGCGAGGAUCGUCAUAGCAUGCUGCGUGCUACACAAUUUUGCACUGCAGGAAGGCCACCUGUUCAACAUAGAUGAUGAGGAGCCACUGCUACCUGAGGAAAGAGAGUUGCAGGCCCCAGCGUUUGAGGAAGAUGAACAGUUGGAGGAUUCAUCCCUGAUUGCUGCAAGAGCUAUCCAAAAUCAGAUUGUGCAGGAGGAGUUCAGCCAUUGAUGACGUAGCAUUUCACUCCUUCUGUGCCAAAUACCAAGAAAGCGAUCUUCCUUGAAACCACUACCGACCUUAGUACAUGACUGCUGAGCAGCCCUUGAUGCCCAAACAGCACUGUGACAAUAUUUAUCAUCGGAGUAUAAAUUGUUCUUGCCAGCUGAAUGUUCCCAUUCCUGAAUGACUUUAAUAUUCAUGAGUAACCAAGCACUAGAUCAGUGCAAAAUGUACAGUAAUAAAAACAUGUUUUACA